AUGAGCGUUGAGGUACCAACAAUAAGUAAAUCUUUUCCCUCAACCGAUCCUAAUAAGACAACUCCUAACACUGUGAGUGAGCAAAAUUCACCAACAACAACAACACAAGCCGCUGCCUUAAUAACAACAUCAGCAGAGGGAUUAUUGUCGGCGAACACAACGCACAACCAACAAAUAGAAAGCACAGAACACCAACCUCAUGAAAACUUUAUGAAGAAAAAAGAACAAGCUUAUGAUAACUUGGAAUCAUUAAGAAGAUCAUCAACUUUAUCAAUUGUUAUAGCACACCAAGACAAUAUAACAACAUCACAACCACCACCACCUACUACCAGUGCCAAUACCAACAGUAGCAGUAGCUUCUAUCAGAGAAAACAACCAGCUCAAUUUUUCGAAAAGUCAUCCUCCGUGACUGGAUCAUCCAACAGAUUGGACAGACAGCAGCAACAACAUGUAAAUAACGAAUAUCAUUAUCAUCACGAGUACAAUAACUAUGAUGUGCAUCCUAGUGCCCAACAGCAAGUAUUCAAUCAUCACAUGCAUUCAACAAGAAACCAUGCAUUGAAUAACAAUCACAUGUAUAAUUCCUCUCCAACAUCACCCCCAUCUAAUAGACCCUUUGCCACACUUCCAACUCCUGUACCAACAUCCAAUUUGACCAGUCCAUCUAAUUCUUUCUCACAACCACAACAACAUGUUGUUGCAUCACAAUCAUUGCAUGGAAAUAGCUCUCCAAGUGAAAGACCACAAUCAUCAACAUUUAAUGUGCCUUCUUCAACACCUAGUGGAAAAUCUAGUCCAGUUUCAUCGAAUAAUGAAGCAACAUCAUCGAAUGCUAAAAGAACAAAUGGUCAUCAAGCUCACAUUACCAUGACAACAAUUAAAUUUAAAGAAUUGGCUAUUUACUUUGAUUGGAAAUUAGAACAAGCAUGUGAAGCAAUCGGAAUUAGUAGUACAUCAAUGAAGAAAUUAUGUAGACAUUUCAAUAUUCCAAGAUGGCCGUACAGAAAAUUAAAGAGUUUGUACAUGAAGAGGGAUAAGAUUCUGGAAAAUAUGAAAAACAAUUCAUCAAACCCACUAUCUCAGAAAAAGUUUACAACUCAAUUGGAAAAAGUUGAUACGGAAAUUGAAAAUAUCAAGCGACCAUCUGGUUCAGCAAAUUUAUCAAUGGAUAGAAAUUUACUUCAAAAAUCGAGUGGAAGUGACAUUGAAGAGGAGGAAUCUAAUUCUGAUGAUGCCAGUGCUGGUGAUACUAAGAUUAAUAGAAAACGAGAACAUGAAAGCAAUAUUGACAAUGCUAAAAGAGUUAAAAGAGUUGAUUCAUCUCUUUUAUCUUCAUCUUAUUCCUCUCAGAAUUGUAGUGAAGUUUCACCACAAUCUAGUUAUGUUUCAACACCACCAGCUCAACCACUACUCAAUUCAUCCUCACCUGCCUCACUUAAAUCCAAUCCAUACAUUCAAACUGUUAAUAAUGGUCAAUUCCAAAUUCCACGUGCAGCUGACCAAUCUAUGCAACUAGCUCAUUCAGGUAGUAAUAAUAUUUAUUCUACAACUUCCUUCUCAUCUUUGGAGAAUUAUUCAAGAAGUAGUUCUAGUGAUUCAACUCCUUUAUCUCACAAUAAUAGACAAUCACCAACCAACACAACUUCUUCAGCAAACAUGAUGAUGCGAAUGCAACCACCACCUUCCCCACUGAAUCAAUCAUCACCAUCAACUAAUCAAGUAUCUGCUCUUCCUUCCAUUCAUGAACUAUUAAAAAGUAUGAAAUAA